GCGUCGUGCCCCUCAUGGUCAGCCUUCAGGGACUAACCCGCCCGCCACUCGCUGCCUGGGAGCGGAGGGAACAGCAUCCCCGCACUUCACCGCUCUCUGCCGUCCUCCAACCUUCGCGGAUAACAGGAGAGGAGCCUGCUUUUGCUUCUGCCUCGCGGGGGAGUGAACUUACCAUUCAAACAGGCAGUUCGGAGCGCGUGCUCUCGGUCGGAGCUCUCGCGGCGGGGCUGACUUGCGCCUACCAGUCCGCUCCGCGCGCAGCCUCCGGCGGCCACGGCACGCCGACAAGUACCGGGACGCCGCUCGCCGCUCCGGAGCGACUUCAGGAUGAUAAGAGAAGAGUGAAAGACUCAGCAGUCACUGACCCUGCAGAGUAAACACCUGAUUGGUAAAAGCAGUUUUCACACAGAACACACGCCGUCCUCUGGUGGAUUUCAAGAUCUUUUCAAACUAACAAUACGGACACCUUUGACUGAGGACGUUUAUGAACUAAAUCCUCAUCUCUCUGCAUAGUAAGGACGCCGGGGUUUUCCACAUUACACCAUGUGAUUGAAAUAUUUGUGGAUCUAAACUCGCCACGAUGCCAUUUCCCUUCACUGCACUCUCCGAGUUUUCAACCAAGUGACUUUGUGACAAAAUGUCUUUGGUCAAACGGAGAAAGUUCAGGACUUUUGCUCUUCUGCUGUGCGUCAUUACCUUCACCACGCUCCUGUUCAGCUACACUUUCCGGGACCCGUCGCUCUACUUCUUCAAGUACUUCCGGCUCUCGGACAGCUUCUUCUCCAAGGGGCCGUGUUCCUGUCAGCAGUGCGUCGCCGAGCUGGAAGGCGACCCGUGGUUCGCCGAGCACUUCAACCUCUCCAUCCACCCUCUGAUGACCAGGGAGAACAGCUUCCUCUCUGAGGAGACCUUUAAAUGGUGGCAGUGGUUGCAGUCAGAGAGGCAGCCGGCCAACUUCUCCGAGGUGGUGGAGGAGCUGUUCCAAGUCAUCCCCGACGACGUCCUCUAUGUGGACGCCAGCCCCGAGCGCUGCCGGAGCUGCGCCGUGGUGGGGAACUCCGGGAACCUGAAGCGGUCCCGCUAUGGUGGCCUCAUUGACGCCUGCGAUUUCAUCAUAAGGAUGAACCAGGCUCCUACCAGUGGAUUCGAGGAGGAUGUCGGAACACGCACCACUCACCAUGUCAUGUACCCAGAAAGCGCCAUUGACUUGGACAACACCACCAGCCUGGUUCUGAUCCCGUUCAAGACUCUGGACCUGCAGUGGGUCAUCAGUGCUCUGACCACUGGCGCUAUCACACACACAUAUUUACCAGUUAGGGCCAGGAUAAAGGCGAACAAAGAUAAGGUGUUAAUUUAUAGUCCAACUUUUUUCAAAUACGUCCACGAGUCGUGGCUCGAAGGUCAUGGACGAUAUCCGUCGACUGGCUUCCUCAGCUUGCUGCUUGCUCUCCACAUAUGUGACGAGGUCAGCGUGUUCGGAUUUGGCGCCGACCGGUACGGAAACUGGCACCACUAUUGGGAGGAGAACCAUUUGGCUGGAGCUUUCAGACACACCGGAGUCCAUGACGGAGAUUAUGAAUAUAAUGUCACCUUGCUGCUGGCGGACAAGCACAAAAUCCGAAUGUUCACUGGCAGAUGAUACCGAGCAUGGGAUGACCGGCGAAUGAACGUCACCGAACUUUAAAUAACAAAAAAUACAAGCAAAAUGCUAAUUUCAUUAUGUCUGCAAAUAUGUCUACUUGACCUCUUUUAUACAGGCCGGUUAUUUCUUAUUAGCUUGAAUCUGCUGUCACAGUAAUUAGAAACUUUCUGUCAAAUGGAUGUUUCAUUGAGGAGACAAAAAGCAACACUGCCGCUUUCCAGAAGCUUACGUUCUACCGCAGACUGAGCAGCCAGGAGGAAAAUAAAGAUGCAUGCCGUAUUAAAAUGCCAAUGUCACAUGAUUAAACGUUUCCCUCUGUUUUCUUUUUGUUUUCUCCUAACCAACUUUAAUUUUUUUUUUCUUUCUGUGCAACUUUCUGUGGACAUCUUAAGCCCUUGUGUUAAUGAAAUUGAAAGAACAAAGCCGUUCUGUCAGCAGCAGAAAGACAAAGUGCUACAUUAGACUCCUGAUGUAUGCAUACGGAGACCUGAAUUGCUAAAAAGGCCCAUUUGUUUUUGAAGCUGCUAAGCCCUGCGUUUAUGGCCAAAAAGAAAAACUAGUGUCAGAACCCUAGUGACUGAGGUGUAAAUCUUAUUCAGAAAUCGACACAAUCCGAGAGUUGAGGCGUCUUCGUUUAAUGGCCAUCAUGACAAAGUCUCGGUUGUUUUUAUUGCGCCGAUCAAUCCUGGUAUUACUCAUUUCCAUCACGUUGCUCCUUGCGUGUGUCCUUGCAGAUGUUUGAUGAUCGAAGAUCAUUCUUAAACUUAUCCCCCAAGGAACGCAUUUUAUUACAAUGUGACAUUUAUAAAAUAUAUAUUUAUAUAUAAAACACCCACUGGGCAGCAGCCAGCCUUCAAGAAUAACUGAUGUUGUUAGCCUUCAAACAUAGUAUUAUCCAAACUGGGAACAUUUCAAUCAAACAAUAAACAUAUUCCUUUUUUAUUAUUUUUUACAUUUUGGUAAUUGACUGAAAGUGGAUUCAGUCUGUUAUUUUUUUCCCCAAAAAUGUUUUCCAAUUUAAAAAUACAAUCUAAAAAGAAAUGCAUUUACAUGCAUAGAAAAGUAAGUGGAUUCAGUCUGUUAUUUUUUUCCCCAAAAAUGUUUUCCAAUUUAAAAAUACAAUCUAAAAAGAAAUGCAUUUACAUGCAUAGAAAAGUAAAUUGUCCUGUUGGUUGUUUGAUUGGCUUAAUGGGGGGGUGGAGCAUAGAACACACUGGAAAAUUACAUUUUUGACUUGGAAAUUUCUCACCAAGCCCUUAUCUCAAAAUCCAACAUGGCUGCCACACUUUCAAAAGAUGUUUCAUGUAAUUCCGAAAGUAAUUUCCCUAGUGUUUUUGGCACUUCUGACAAUUUAUAUAUCAUUCAGUGACAUUGUGCAUUAUUGGUAGGUUAGAUCAGAAGUAUUCAUACCCCCGGCAGAUUUAGGUAUAAAGUACUCUUAAUCGUACUUUCUUCUGAUUAGAAUUAGCAUAGAUGCACUGGAGAAGCCAUGCUCAUGUCCCAACUUGAAUCUGACAAAGAAAGUGUGGAGGGAGUUAAUGAUUAGGGUGAUGGAAAAGAGUUUUUUCCAACCUUCAAUAUAAGCUCCAGCAGACAUGGCGCUUAUAUCGUCGUAAAAACCUGCAAAAAUAAAAACUGGAAUGCAAUUAUGAGAAGCUUUUGCUUCAAAGACAAAAGUAUUAUUACAUGUAUUAUUGAGAAAGGUGUAAAUAAUUUUCUGCGAGGCAUUUUUUAAUUCAAUCUAAUUGAAAAGACAUUUUUUAAGAUGUAUAUACUUAUUUCAGUUUUUUAUUUCUCCUUUGAAGAAAUGUAUCUCUUUCCCUAUCAGAAAUUAUCUUAUUUGAAUGAAAGCAAUGUUAAAUCUCAUUAUACUAGGGGUAUGGAUAGUUUUGGGCUUACCUGCGUUUGCCAACAUGUUCCUUUGGUAAAUAAAAAGGCAAAGCAA